AGCGGCAUCAACCCCACCACCCAACCACUUGCUUCCGAUAUGAUCUCUUUCACCUGCCCACCAAGUAGCACACAGAUUUAAGGUAGCCGGGAUUCUCGAAACAGAACAAAGCAGAAGCAUAGAGGGCGGAGCUACCCAUAGCACUGAUUAAUAUUAGAUCUCAUGGGGAACAUACACCAGGCCGGCGUCAAGAAAGAUGACCAUGGCGGCGGUGACAACCAGCAGCUACAGGUGGUCUCCGUUCUCGAGCUCCAGGCCGGCGUUGUGGAAGACCAGCCGCAGCCGCCUCUUGGCGGAUGGCAUGCCGUCGAGGCAACCUCCAUGUUGGAAAAUUGCAAGACAAACAGUACUGCUACAGAUGGAGGCACCAGCAGCAGGAUAGAUAUCCUCGGGCCUGCAACAGAACAGAAUAUCCCUAAACCAAGUGAUCCUCUUCAUCCAUGCCCGCCACCACAGUCGCUGCCGGAGGGUGUGCAGUCCGUGCUCAACACAUCACGGGAUUGCAGGGGGAUUGAUGCACCAGAGCUGGAUAUGGAAUAUGGUAUGGAAUCAAAGGAUGAAUUGGUGAGGCUUAUUGGGGGGAAGCGUGUUUCGAUCCUUGUCUAUGGGCCAGACAAAUAUGGACGGUCUCUUGGUGACAUCUACUGUGACGGCGUCUUUAUCCAAGAACAAAUGCUGAAAGGGGGCUUUGCCUGGCACUACAAAAUGUGCGACAAACGUCCUGAAUUUGCAAAAUGGCAGAGAGAGGCGAAAAAGGCGCGCCGAGGGCUUUGGUCAUUAGAUAAACCUCAGAAACCAUGGAUUUGGAGGAGAGAUAAUCCGCGCAUCGACAACAAGAAGGGGAAUGUAGAUGACAUUCAGGUAGAACCGCAGAACCAGGUCAAUGAGAGCAGUGUAGCUCUACCAUUGCUGAUAAUGAAAGAUAUGGAGGAUCUGGGUAGGAAAUGGAAAGGGAGUUUGGGAAAUUUUGUGUCCGAGAACAUGAAACUACACGAUCAGGUCCAGGAGUUAAAGAGAGAUAAGGAGGAGGCUGAGGAACGUGCUAAGAAGGCAGAAAAAGAAAUGGAAAGUGUUGUGGCUAACAACAUGAAGCUGAAUGCUCAGCUCCAGGAAUCUGAAACUAAUAAAAAGGAGGCCGAGGACCGAGUUUUACAGUUGGAUUUCUUCUCAGGAAGUGUUGCAGCUGUAAACAUGGAUUUGCACAAUAAGAUUGAGGUUUUAGAGAAUGAGAAUAAAAAGGUUGAGGACCGAGCCAAGGAGGCAGAAAGUGAAAUGGAGAGUGUUGUGGCUGAGAACAGGAAACUGAACGAUCAGCUCCAGGUAGUAGAGGGCCAAGUAGUGAAGUUGAAAUAUUUUUGUGAAAAGGUUGCAGGUGUAAACAUAGUUUUGCACCGUAAGCUGGAGGGGUCAGAGGAGAAGAAUAAAAUGGCCGAGGAGCAAGCCAAGGAGACAGAGAAGGAGAUGAAAACUAUCUUGGAUGACAAUAUGAAACUAAGUGGUCAGAUUAAAAAAUUAAAUAAGAUAAAUAAAGAGAUUACCGCCUUUGCUAAUAAUAGUAAAAGGAAAUUGCAAAGUGUUCUAGCCGUAAACAUGGAUUUGGAUAAGAAGAGGGAGGAGCGAGCUAGUUUGCCAGAUAAGGGAUUGGAAAUUGUUGGAGUUGAAAACAUGAAGGGGAAAUUACAAGGCAUAAGUCACAAGAAGAGUGAACAAACUGUGGAGACCCCAUCGGCAACUCCAACCAAAGACUCUGGCGUGAAAAAACCUACUGUGUGGCGGAUGAAAACGGCCGCAACGACAUCUUCGGCACCUCCACCAAAGGGUCAUUACGAAUAGACACAACUAUGUGUUGAAUAUAAGCUAUUGCCUAUAUAUUACAAGGCAUAAGUCACAAGAAGAGUGAACAAACUGUGGAGACCCCAUCGGCAACUCCAACCAAAGACUCUGGCGUGAAAAAACCUACUGUGUGGCGGAUGAAAACGGCCGCAACGACAUCUUCGGCACCUCCACCAAAGGGUCAUUACGAAUAGACACAACUAUGUGUUGAAUAUAAGCUAUUGCCUAUAUAUACAAGCUCAACGACGGCAUGUGUUGCUACAAAUUAAAAAAACUAUAUGUUAUAUAAUCUAGAAUCACGUGGCAUUUUGUGUUUCACCCGAGCAUAUUUCCUUUUGUUUUCUAUAAAUAAUAUAAGGACAUUUAAUUCUAUCGUAUUGAUCCACCCCUGUUGGAGAGGGUCUCCACGCUAUUCCGCUUUGAUCCAUCUGUAUGUAUGUUUACUCCUAUCUAUUAUAUUAUGCGGCUU